AUGUCGACGAGAAAGUGGGUGGAUAAGAAAACUGCAAAGACUUUUGCUGUGGUUCACAGGUCCCAUGAGGACCCCGAGUAUUUUAACGACGAGGCUCCACCAAACGUGCUUGUUGAGGUGAAGAAGUACUCGACAAAAUCUAUUCCAAGAUCAAAAAUAAAAACUCAGAAGGAUUUGGAAGGUGAAUUGAAACAUGACAUAGAGAGUGGAAAGAUAAGAAGCAACGAAGGACAGGCUGCGUUGUUUGGUAUAACCUACGACGACUCGAAGUACGAUUACAUGCAGCAUUUGAAACCAAUUGGUGGUACUUCUGACAAUCUCAAUAAUAAAAAGAAAACCAGUCUCACUUUUAAAGAGGAUCUACAACUACCGAAAGAAUUAUUUGCUUCAGAGAAAACAGUCAAAUUAUCUUAUCAAGCCUUUCAAAAUGUUCCUGACGAUAUUAAAGGUUUCAAACCGGAUAUGAAUCCCGAUUUGAGGGAAGUAUUGGAGGCUUUGACCGAUGAAGAAUUUAUAGAUGAAAAAGACGAUGAUCUAUUUAACGACUUAUUGAAAUCUGGUCAAAAAGACAACUCUGAAGAUGAUUAUAAUGAUUAUGACGAUUAUGAUUACGAUGAUUAUGAUGACUUAAACUAUGAUGACUAUGAUUCCGACCGUUUCAAAAAAAAAGACGAUCAAGGCUGGGAAGCAGAUUUUAGAAAAUAUAAACAGUUUGAAGACAAAAAACCGAAAAAUAAUUGGGACUCUGAUGAUGAUUUUAAUUCAGAAGAUGAUGAAUUGGGCGAGACUGAUUUCAAUUCAACUGCUAUGAAAAGAAAGAAAGGCGCAAUGACUGAUACUUCUACUUUCUCAAUGUCCUCAUCCGCAUUAUUUAGAACUGAUGGUUUAACUUUAUUGGAUGAGAGAUUUGAAAAAGUAUCAAGGGAUUAUGAAGAAGAAGACGAAGAUGAUUACAAGCCAUUUGAUAUGUCAAAGCAAACUCCAGGAUUCGAAGAUAUGUUGGUAGAUUUUCUUGAUAAUUAUGAAAUUGAAGGUAAAAAAUUAGUUAAAAAAGAUGAUGAUAUUGAAAAAUAUAGAAAUGCUGCUAAAUUAGUUAGUAGAAGUCAAAAGAAAAAAAACAAUCGAUUAAAAACCUUUGAAUAUUAA